AUGAUGUGGACGUGCUUUAUAUAUCGAGUCUUCUUUUCGUUUAUAAUACUGAAGAGAUCCAAUGGCAUUUCCAGUCCUAUACAGCCUUUUACUGAGUAUAAACAUUCCACCGAACUGCAAGCCAAUAUUUCGGAUCUGUGGUGGACAAUUGAUGAUGCUGAGCGUGAAAUUGUAUUUGAAUUGCACGUGAAAACUACAGGUUGGAUUGCUUUGGGUAUUAGUCCAGCUGGUGGGAUGACAGGUGCUGAUAUUGGUGUUGGAUGGAUAGAUCAAACGGGUACAGUUCAAUUUCAAGAUCGAUAUGCGUACAACCGUUCACGACCUGUUAUUGAUUAUACAACAACAGACUGGUUCGCUCUCCAAGGACGCGAACAGGAUGGAUGGACAGCCAUUCAAUUUCGUCGCCUGCUUGAAACAUGUGAUUCGAUGGAUGUUCCAAUAAAAUCCGGAACCAAUAUACUCAUCUAUGCAUACGGACUGGUGGAUCCUGAUGGAAAUGGUGAAAUAAGUUAUCAUGAGAGUCGACGAGGUAGUCGCAUGCUACCACUUCGAUAUUAUAUUGAUCAACUCCCGCAAACCGAGUACGCUGAUCUUGAUUCAUUCGAACUUCGUAUAAAUCAUUCCGUUCCUGUUGCGGAUACAACUUACUAUUGCAAAGUAUUUAAGACACAAAUUACGUACCCAACGAAGCGGCAUGUAAUCGCACACAAAAUUUUACUGGAUUCAAACAGUCGUGAAUUUGUCCAUCACAUGAGUAUUUAUGAGUGUGACCCUUCGACUCAAUUCGACAACACGAAACUACCAGAUGAUGUGUGCGAUGAUAUUCGCGAUCAAAUCUCAUUGUGCUCAUCAACUGUUGUCACUGUGUGGUCUGUCGGUGGUGAUGAAAUCAUGACGUAUCCCGAAGAGGCCGGGUAUCCUGUUGGUGGUGAUUUUACUGUCAACUACUAUAUGAUAGAAUUGCAUUAUGACAAUCCACGUUUGGUUUCAAAUCGAUGGGAUACGACUGGUGUUCGAUUCUAUCUUGGUGAUAAACUUCGUGAACACGAUAUUGGUUAUCUAACGUUCGGCACGGAUUCGACAGCGCAAGCUUUAGCCAUUCCAGGAGGAGCGGAUCGAUUCAUUGUCGAUUCCUAUUGUCCUGCAAGUGCGAGUCUUAAUAUUCCAAAGUCUGGCAUCACGGUAUUUUGUGCAUUGCCUCACACCCAUCUUCAAGGUCAAAGUGUAUGGACAAAACUGAUUAGAAACAGAACAGCUGUUCAGUAUUUGUUCAACAGUGAAGCCUAUGAUUUCAACUAUCAAUUUCAUAAUCGCUUUCCGAAACCAAUUCAAAUCUAUCCAGGCGAUGAGUUUGCCACUCGUUGUAUUUACAAUACAAAGAAUAAAAACUUAACGACCAGGGGUGGAGGGCGAACGAAAGAUGAAAUGUGUAUCCAUGGUUUCAUCUAUUAUCCUCGAAUGAAUGACUUAUCCAUGUGUUUGACACACAACGACUGGUCAGCAUGGAAACGUUUUCUGAACGUAUCAGCAGAAAAUUUUGACGAGACUGCAUUGCAGGAGAUACUGAUAAAAAUCAAAUGGACACCUCAAUUAGUUGCUCAAUGGCAAAGUUUUUAUGAUAAUACUGCUCGUGGUGUCACGUACGGUCGAAGUCCUUUCAUCAUAGUCGAAACGUUCGCCGCUUUACCAAAGUAUCAAGAUCUAGAACCUGAACGAUGCAGUCGAGCUUGUCAUACACAAAUAUCAAUUUCUUCCAUCCUAAUUGUUUUGCUUGCGAGAAAAGCUAAGACAUUUUUUUCUUGA